GUUCAGGAACGAGACAACUGCUGCUGCAAGGGGGAAAAAAGAGACAGAAAUAACAAGAUAUGUUAUAUGCCUGUGUUGCAUUAUACACAUAUUUUACUUUUUACAUUUAAUGAAACUAAUAUAAGAAAGCAAAACUGAUCCAUCUUUUGACGUCUCUCUCAGGAGUUUGGCGUUGCCAUGGAGAACGUUGCUAAGUGAUGCGUGAGCGAACCUAGAGGCUGCUGUGCUAACUUAGCCUAGCCAAUCUUAGCAUACGCAUUGACAAGAAAUGGAAGACACUCUUCAGCUGGGAGACUCUGUCGCUUCGAAGAAUGCUCCAAAAUCAGGGCGACGGGCUCGCCUUGGAGCGGAUCAGACUUCAUUUGAGGAGAAUCGACAUGGAAGAAAGUUUUCAGGCUCUGCAUCGGGAGAGGGUCCUCCAGCGAAACCUACGCGCAGACUGGGAGGAUGGGCUGAAGAAAGCUCCGGUUCGGGAUCUGCCAAGUCCUCUAGAAGACCUGCAGCUGAGGACAUGGAGGAUCGGCGAUUGCGACCACAAACUCCUGAGGGAUCCGAUGAUGAAGGAGAUAUUCCAGUCAUCCCAGACCUUGAUGAGGUGCAGGAAGAAGAUCUCACCAUGCAAAUUGCCGCUCCUCUUAGCAUUCAGGUGAACCGGGUAAUGACUUAUCGGGACCUGGACAACGACCUGAAGUACUACUCUGCGUUUCAGACCUUAGAUGGAGAGAUUGACUUGAGGCUUCUCACCAAGGUUUUAGCUCCAGAGCAGGAGGUGAAAGAGGACGAUGUGAGCUGGGACUGGGAUCAUCUGUUUACAGAGGUGUCCUCAGAGCUGCUGAUGGAAUGGGAUCAAGGAGAGAGUGAGGAACUGUCCGUAACAUGAGGACAAAACUCUUCAUGUCCAAACUUCAGUGUAAACUAAAACAACCUACAGCAGCUGUUAGGACUUUGGUGAUAUUCAUAUUAUUAUUGUAACUACACAUUUUUUGUAAAAUAUAUAUAUAUAUAUAUUUAUAAAUAAAGUAUUUUAAUGCAGUU